AUGCCUCUUAAAAUCAUUAUCGUUGGUGCUGGUCUCGGUGGUCUUGGCAGUGCUAUCGCUUUGACUCGUGCCGGCCAUGACGUUGAGGUCUUCGAGCAAUCUUCGUUCUUAAACGAGGUUGGAGCUGCGAUCCAUAUCCCUCCCAAUGCCACCAGAGUCCUCAAACACUGGGGUUGCGAUUUUGAGGAUCUGCAGGCCACCUUUUGCAACGCCAUCAAGGUUUACGACAAGACAGGAAAGCUCAUCUUCAUCCCUGCGAGCACCAAAGAACUGCAUGAAAAACUCGAUACUCGAGAUGCUUGGCUUCUCUCGCAUCGCGUCGACUUACACAACACUCUGAGGAAGCUAGCAGCAGACGAAAAGUACGGAAAGAAUCUCAAGAUCAACCUUUCUAGCCGCGUCAUAUCUGCGGAUGCGGAUGCCGCUGAAAUUGUUCUGGAGGACGGUACCAAACACCGAGCCGAUCUACUAAUUGGGGCAGACGGGGUGCAUUCCAAAGUCGUCGCCGCCGUGACUCAAAAGACGCCAGAACGGAAGAGCACAGGGCAAAAUACGUUCCGGUUCUUGGUCCCUAUGGAGAAGAUUCAGGCCAAUCCGCUCACGGGUCCCUUGUUCGCUAAGCUUGGCAUCGCUUGCCAGCACGUCUUUGUCACAUACGAUCGUCGUCUCGUUGUUUAUCCUUGUCGACGCGGCAAACUGCUCAAUAUUGUCGCUGUGCAUCCAGCUAAAGACAGCGGACUCGACAAUGAAUCCUCAUGGCUAGCUGGAGGCAAGAUUGAAGAUCUGAUAGACAACUACAGCGAAUUUUCGCCCGAACUCAUCGAAAUGUGCAAUCUGGCGGAAGAUCUGAAGCUCUGGAGCUUAGCAACAAGAGAUCCCCCUGAGAAGUUCUACAAGGGCAGGACUGUGUUGGUAGGCGACGCUGCUCACCCCAUGCUUCCUCAUCAAGGACAAGGUGGUGCACAGUCCUUUGAGGACUGUGCAGCUCUUGGAACUUUGUUCCCUGCCGAUACAACUGUAGAUCAGAUUCCAAGGAGACUUGAGUUGUACAACAAGCUCCGUUAUCACCGAGCAGUAACCAUCAUGUUCAUGUCCAAAAUCAAUGACGAGAGGCGAGGAGAGAUGAUGGAAGACCUCCGCAAGUUUGUGCCUGAUGCGCAACUUCCGAACAGCAUGUUUGAAUACUCGUGGGAUUCAUACGUUGUUCGCGAUGCUCAGGAGCUCCUGAAAACUGAAACCAAAGCUUGA